AUGAAAAUCAACGAUUGGUUAAUUUGGUAUGUUUUCCUUGCAAUAGUUUCGAAUGAUAAGGUCAUUAGAAUUUGGAAUUCAAAUCAAUUUGGCUCAAUAGCAUCAUUAACUUGUAUUAAUACACAUGCUUCUAUUUUAAAUAAAAAGAGAUCAUUGAUAAUGCCAUAUUUUAAAAUCUUAUCAGAUGAGGACUGGAAUGAUGAUGGAAUGCUCAAAUUAGUUAAAGAAUCUGUAAAAUUUUCUCACAAAAAGGUUAUUUUCAUAAAGAUUUAUCUAAGAGACAUGUUACCUGUUAUUCAUAGAUUUAUCAAGAGUAGAAGAUAUUAG